GAGCAGCAUGUGCAUCACGAGGAGGACUAUCCACUCGGCCUGGGAGUGAGCAAUGCCGGGGUCAGUGAAGUCCCUCCAUGGAAUGCAUCACGUGUGAAGAAGCAACCGGCCGAGGUUGUGCCAACUGAACUUUCGCCUAAGACUUGGCCCAAGUUGGUGGUAGCUUCUUUGGGGGACAGGGCCGACGAAAGAGGGUUCGGGUCCAGAAAUAUUAGCAGUAGUACGGGAACAGGUAGACCAUACCUGAGUUGGUGGUUGCCAAGAGCAGACGGCAGUAAUGGCAAUAAUAAUAUUGGCACAGUGAAUUACGAUUAA